AUGCGGCGACCUCAGACAUCAAGCCCUACAGUACCAGGCGGCUUUUGCGGCAGUGCUUCGAUCUUGUGCCACGUGCCGUGCGACCAAUAUUUUCCGGGGGUGGUGAUGCGGGCCGUGUCGCGGCGGGUGCACGGCAUGAACGCGUCCUUCUACGACAUGCCAUUUGUAGAGCUGGACAGCAGCAACUCUUGGUCGCUCAUAAUGACCAUGCCAUCUGAAUGGGAGGCCAGCCAAUGCAGGCACACGCCCGAUGGCUUCUCCACCCACGUCAGCGUCUAG